AUGUACCUCCUCCUGCGCAAUCCUACCGAGAUCGGCGUCACACCCAAUGGUUCGUCAUACUUGAUCACGGACGCCUCGGACACUGACAAAAAUCUCUAUCCCAACAUCACCAUCUCGCAAACGUUCGACGUCAGCAGUGUGAACGAUAACUAUUUCUCGUCAUUCUGGAAGUCCACUGAGAGCGUGUACUUUUGGUUGAACGGGAGAUGGGACCAGUUGGAACAAUGGGAUUAUUUACCAAUUGAUAUUCUAUCCCUAACGGCGAGUCUUUUGCUUGUUACCGUGAUGCAGAAUAUGUUAAUCGCGUUCAUGGCCGGUGUAUUCGACGAUGCAAAUUCUUCGGGGAAGGAUGCCGUUCUCCAAUACCGAGCCGAACUGAUUUCCGACUAUGAAACCUUGGAGAAACCUUUCGGGAUGGACCGAGGCAACCCGCGAUGGAUCUAUUACGUUGGCCGCACCGAUGAAACUGCCGAUUGGUUGAAGAAAGCUGAAGAGUACCGUAGUGAACAUCGAACGCUACUCGGAGUGUAUCAGGAGAAUGUUUCGGAAGUUGUUAAAGAAAGAGGUAUCGUUGAAAGUAGAGGAUUCGAGAAUAUCGAAGAGUUGCAAGAACGUGUCAAGGGUAUGGAGGAUAAAAUCGAAAGACUUUUGAGGCUAUUAGAGGGAAGGGGAAGAGGUGGUUGA